GGAUCAAAAAGGGCCUGACCUGGCGACGCGCUGACUCUUCAACUGACAACAGGGCAAACAGCACAUUUGGUCCUCCUGCAGUUGUCCUUGCAGACUGGCACAGUCUUUUGCAUUAGUGGCGCGCUCUGGACGGGCGGUUGAGACAUGGACGUAGUGGUUGCCCCGGUUAGUCUUCGAGGCCGCGUAAGAUGUCUUUUGUGGGAUUUUUAUCUCGGCUACCUGCAACUGAGACACAGUCAAGUUGUCAACGGGAGCGCAAGUGUCCUGGGCUUCUGGCAAAGCAGCCAAGGGAUAGACUCCGUCGCUUGGAAUGGAGUGUCGUCAAGACGAGACACAGUCCCCCUCGUGUCAUCAAACCAAGGCCACAGCGAAAUUCGUCACAGUCGCGACCUAUUCCCCAUCGGGAUGAGCGACGGGCGAGGUGGCCCAAAGGAGAAAUGUCGAAGCGAUCUCGAAAUAUCUCGGCUGCUGAUUGGGCCAGCAAACACUGGUGCGCGGGACGCAAAAUUACCAGAGUUGCACAUCCCAAGGGACAUCUUACGUUCGGUCGCCCAGGGACACUCUUCGAGUCCGACUGUUGUUCGAGUCUCAAGUCCAUCGAUAUACAUCUCAAGCACCUCAUCAACCCCAACGCCGCCCCCCUUAUUGUGGCCGACUAUCAGCGACCGUUGAGAGCUCCAUCCGAACGGGACGUUUGAAACACUCGAUCCCCACCAGAUACCGCUUCUCCAGGAACACUGUCGCACGAAAAAUUUACCUAGAUCCUCCAACUCGCUUCUCUCGCUAUCUUGAUCUUCCGUCUUACU